AUGGUAUCAUGCCAUAAAUCUACUGAAUAUGUCAUAGGUAAAAAUAUAGAUGGGCUCCCCCAUUAUUUUGUAAAGUUAACCAAAAAGCGAUUAUCACAUUUUGAUGUACAAAAUUCUAUGGUUUUAUUAAAUUCCUAUGAUAAUCUAUUACUUUUUCUAGAAUCUCAAUUGUAUGAGAGUACUAUUGUGAAUAGCACAGAUUCUGAAGGGGAUACGCUUACCAAAUCUCAAGGAUUACCUAUUCCACCGUUUGAUGUCAUAAUGGUCCUUUUCACUUUAGUCUCUAUUUCCAGUCAUUACCUUGAACCUCAGCUAAACCAAAAUAACCCAUACAAUAUAACAAAAAUAGAUUUAAAUAAAAGGGCCACCAAAAUUCUCAAUAUGUUUAUUCAUAUUUUAAAAGAUUUUAACACCGAUUUAUAUAGUCAGUAUGAUUUAGAAUUGUUGCGUUGCCAAUUUUUUUUGGCCCUAGAUUUACUUACAUGUAGAAGUAGAGUAUUAAGCCAUAAUAGAUUCAUUUUCCACCUAAACCAAGACAAUAAUUCAAGUGCUAUGGAAGAAUUUCUAAAAAAUCCAUAUAAAUCAUAUGUAAGUUUUCUAGAUAAAAAGGGUAAAGUAUUUAAUAAUCCACUUAUUUACUUGAUUUUCAAUAAACGUGAUAAAUUUCUUAACUUUUUUUUGUGGUCUUUAGCAAACUCUCUGAGUAGUGAUGUGGUACUAUACACUGAUGCGAGGGAAAUAUGGAUUCCCCUGAUGAAUAUCUUAUUAGAUUUAUAUGACCUCCGACAAAAAUAUUUUUUAAAAAAUGAGGUAAUCAAAAUGAGAAAACAACUUUUUGUUCAACAACUGAUGCAAAGUCCCUUAUCUCAAUUCUUCUCCUUUGUUAAUAGAAUUGAAAAUUUUAGCUUAACGUUAAUUGAAUAUAUCUUUGUAAACUGUGAAACCACAAAUAAUACAAAUAUUGAUAGAGAUUGGGUUAAACCUAUUUUCUAUAAAGAAAAUGAAUUCGUAAAAGGAUAUGUUAAUCGAUUCAAAUAUAAUAAGCAAUUUCAAUUACAAGAAGCAAUGAAAUUAAGAAAAAAAAUUCUUUCACAUUGUUUUCAAUUGUUAUUAGCUUUGCCACCUAAUCACGUCAUGCCACUUAUGAAAAUGAAACCAGAAGAAAUUUUAAGUCAUAUAGCUGUUUUUUUACAAAAAUUUACAGAUCUAGACCAAUUCAAAGCAUUCUUUCAAAUAUAUGAUUUACAGAUGGAAUUAGCUUUUAUGCCCUUAGUAAUCGAAAAAACUAUUAACAAAUUAACUGCAGAUCUGUGUCCAGAGCCUUUCGAUUUGGUAAAUAGAAUUAUAUCUUUUACAGGUUUUAUUGAUGAAUGGAUUAAUGUUGUUGAAAUGUAUCUUAUGGUUUCUAUCGGUCUAGUAGUGGAAAACUCUCAAUAUAUAAGCUUACGAAAAGUUGAAAUCUGCCUAUACUUUUUAUUUGAAUAUUUCGAAUUAAUAAUACAUGAAGAUAGUAUAAAAAAAUCUAGCUAUAUGAAUAAGAUAAUUAAUAUACUAACCGAAUAUCAAACCAAAGUUUAUUUUUUAAAACGAAAAUUUACCAAUGAUAACCUAAAGGAACCUACUGGUUUUGAUUUAAUUAUAGAAAAAUAUGUUUAA